AUCGCAGGAGUUAUAAAGGAGAGUGGCUGGCUGGAUUACGGUCCGCGCGCGCUUAUGACGCUCACUUAAUCAGGAUGAGCUUUGAGAACUCGCUGACAAUGCUGCUGGUGCGACAGAACCCGGAGAAUUGGUCUGCGAAAUGAAUACCUCUGAGAGAAGAAACAAUGGAAGCGUCCACGCGAGCAUGACGGCCUCAUUCGGUGUCGUGGACGGCACGCUUAGACGGCCAGAAUGAGACUCUCGAGUCGUCAGUAAAACGGAGAACUGUUGUCGUCGUCGUUACCGUGUUGCGGUGGAGCCAGCUGCCUGUUCUCGCCUCGAGGCGAGAAGAGGAUCAGACGGGAUCAGUAGACACCGGGUAGACACCGAUAAAAGGACGGUGUUAUGUUAGUGACAAGGCCUCACCCUCUAGGAGGGCGCAUACUACUCGCCCUCUUCCUUUUAACGGGGUGUUUCGCUUUGCUGUCACGGGCGGCCGCUUUCCCGGAUUGGACCGACUGUCCCGCGGUUUGCCGAUGCAAGUGGACCUCCGGCAAGAAGUCCGCUUUAUGUCCGGACGCCGGCCUAACGUCGCUGCCGGCGUCCCUCGAUCCGGACAUGCAAGUGCUCGACUUGUCCGGCAACAAGAUACCUGCUCUGAAAGAGGAGAUAUUCAAAUUGGCCGGCCUGGUGAAUCUGCAACGGGUCUUUCUGCGUAAUGCCGGUAUCUACAGUAUCCAUACGGAUUCUUUCAAAGAUAUGAGGAUACUCAUCGAGAUCGAUCUGUCGGACAAUCACGUAACGGCCUUGGAGCCGAAUACAUUUCUUGGGAACGAGCGCCUGCGCAUUUUGAUACUUAGCGGAAAUCCGCUCGGUACUUUGCGUAAUCUACAGUUUCCUGUACUACAGCAUCUGCGAAAUUUAGAGCUGCAACGAUGCUCCUUGACUGAAGUACACGGACAAGCCUUUGCCCGGCUAACCGGCUUAGAAUUCUUGAAGUUGGAUACUAACCAACUAGAAUAUUUGGAGUCCUCGGUGAUAUCCGGAUUAUCUCGCUUGAAAACCUUAACGCUAGAUGGCAAUCGAUGGAGAUGCGACUGCAGACUACGAGAUUUCCGCACCUGGCUUAUCCCCGACGUACCCAGCAAGUUGUACUCCGUGCCACAAAUCUGUUCAGGUCCACCGAGAUUGGAAGGCCGCAGGUGGGAGGAUGUAAAAUCUACGGAAUUUGCUUGUGAACCAAAAGUAUUCGUCCUGGCGAGCAGCAUACAAGAGGAGACCAACGGUAAUCUCAGCUUGGCGUGUCGAACGAGCGGCGAUCCCGAGCCAGAAGUUUGGUGGCAAUUAAACGGUGGACCAGUCAAUGCUACCAAAUCGACUGAUCAAUCCUACAUGGGGACUCUCGUCAUUUACGCAACGUCCGAGUCUGGGAUACCUUCCAAUGACAAGUCUGCGUCCAGAACCAUCGGGGACCGAUGGAGCAACUUGACCGUUUACAACGCCAGUGACAGCGACGCCGGCGAGUAUGCCUGUUUUGCGAAGAAUAUCGCUGGUCUCGCGCGAGACACAGUCAACGUGGCAAUACCUCGUGUUUAUACGGCCCCGACUCUCUCCCAAAGCGACAACUGGCUGCUCUGGGUAAGUUUGGCUGGAGGCGGCGCCGCUGCCGCGUGUGCUUCCAUCUCGGCCGUGUUGCUGGUUCUUUGUUUGUGCGGUGGAAAUCGACGACACAGUAAACGGGAGAAGGUGAAGCUGCAAAGCAGCAGCAGUUUCGGCGACCAAGAGAAGAAGCUGCUAGACCUGUCCGUGACCACCACCACGACGCCCGGCAAUAGUAACGAUCGCGGCAGCGGUCACGGCAGCAUCGAUGAGGCGUGUAGCACCGGUGACCUCGAGUUGGCGGAGCGCAGCUCUAUUUGCGAUCCUAUGGCUGCGGCCGCGGUCACCGUCGAGCGUUUGCGCUCCACCGAGGUCGCCGCCGGUUCACCUUACGACAAUAUGGGGCCGCGCAUUACGGCAAACGGCAGUUCCGCAUUCUCGUUAACGGACAUAACGGACAUGGACCUGCGACUAUCGCCGCCACCACCGCCGCGGAUCAUUCAACCGCCGCACGAAUUCGUUUCCCUCUAAAAUACCGGAUUCUUUUCCACACCGAUUCGUAUUGUCACGCAAUACUGAUUUCAUAAUCGAUAAUAUUCCGCUAAUAGUGUUAUCCUAAUAUACUGUGGAACAUCCAUUAGCGGCCGGGUAUUAUUGGAUAACAUCAAUUAGCGUGCGGUAAUAUUAACCGUGUCAGGAAUGGCUCACGAAUCGACUCUUUGAGAACGCACGCGCUCGCUUCGAACGAGUGAUCCGUAUACGCUUCCUCGGUGGAGUUUUAACGACGUAUCCUAUCGAUAUUGCUUUGAUAGUGACGAGACGUCAUAUUGAUUGUACUGAAGAAUUUUUAUCUCAAUAUUACGCGUUCGUUGGGUCAUCGUGGACAUUACAAAUUUUGCAGCCUUAAAAUAUUGAUCGCAAU